AUAACACGGAGCAGAGGAUCAACACAAACCUUCACCAUCACUCUUCAGCUUUAACCACAGAAGGAUUUGUUUACUUUCACUGUCUAUCCGGUUCUGCGUUUCUUCCCGUAACGUCGUUAAAUUGGCGAUAAAAUGGUUGAUUAACGCCUUUUACGCACUGCACGUUAAAUCCGAAGUGCUCCGCUGCAAAGUCAUUGUACUUUCAGCUACAGUGAAUAUUUGUAAAGUUCAAUGCAAUAGGCUGCGAUGCUGUCAAAUAAAGAGAAAAUGCUCAUUGCAGAAAUAUGGGAAAGACUGAUUCCUGUGGCUGAGGAAAUUGGAGCAGAUGCGCUUCUCAGGAUGUUUGCCUGUUUCCCGGGAAGCAAGACCUACUUCUCCCACCUGGACAUCAGCCGUGGCUCGCCCCACCUGCUCUCUCACGGGAAGAAGAUCGUUCUGGCCUUCGCAGAGGGAUCCAAAGACAUCAGCCAGCUGACCGUCACCCUCACUCCUCUGCAGAUCAUGCACGCCUACCAGCUCCGGAUAGACCCCACCAACUUCAAGCUCUUGUCCCACUGUAUGCUCGUCGCCCUGUCCUGUCACAUGCGCGAUGACUUCACAGCGGUUGCACACGCAGCGAUGGACAAGUACCUGUCAGCUUUCGCAGCCGUGCUCGCCGAGAAAUACAGAUGAGACCCAGGCCCAGUCGUGUGUUUGUAGUAUAUAUAAAAACCAUGUAUGAUGUUGUAUGAUGUGAUAUAUUUAUAUAUGUGUAUAUUUUUAUAAUAAUACAAAUGUGCAAUUAAAAUUGUCCCUGUUCCCUAUGUUUUCUUUUUAAAUAUCUGUUGUAAUUUAUUGUCUUUUAUUGUGAUUAUAGAAAUGUGUUUUUAUGUGAUUGUAGUUGUUACGUGUGCAGCACUUUGGCCCGACCAAAAAUCGCUUUUAAAUGUACUUUAUAAACCUUGAUUUGAUUUGAUUUGAUAUGUAAAACAUAUUAGUAGGAAUAUUUCUACUUUGUUACAUUGUACUGGAAGAGUUUCCAGAUUGAAUAUUAAAUAUAUUAUUUAUUCCACUUUCAUUUACAGGACUUACUAUUUAAUUGUAUGUUAACAUGAAGAGCUGAACAAUUAAUAAGAACUUUAUCAAAAUCACAAUAUGGACUAAUGUACACUACCCAAAGCAUCCAUUGUACUUCCAUUUGAAAAAAUAUUUACUGUUUCAAUUAUAAUAAAGUGUUUAACCGAAAAACUCUAAGGCUCAUUUUAAUUGAUAAUACUUUCAAUGAAUGUUUAAUACUGUAAUGCCUGAUCUUUCCAUGGUGCUGAAAUAAACGUGUUAAACAUUCAGA